CUUCAAUUACGCCACUCAGUUAAUUAAACCCCAGGUGUUGAGGGAUUGUGUUUGCAUUCGUGUUGUUGUCUUGGUAUUAUAACGCUACCGGUUCAUUUUUAAUAAUAUAAACGUGAACAUGUGUAAAAAGUAUUUAUUUAUUUUAAUACUCUCUCUUAAUUGGACUAAAGCUGACCCUGUUGAGACGCAGGCAGAUGCUGAAGAGAAUCCCAACGUGAGCGUUUCGGCUGAGACAAACUGCGUCUUUGGCAAUGGGUGUUAUGACCAGGCUGGCGUACGUGCAUUUACCCCAGAGGAGGAUGAGGAGGAGAGCCGGAUUAUAGGUGGGCAGGAGGCAUGGGCACAUUCAUGGCCGUGGCAGGUUUCCCUGCAGUACUCCGAUAUGCCCGCCUGCGGGGGUGCCAUCCUCGACCUGCGGUGGGUUAUUACCGCCUGCCACUGCUUCAAACGUUACAAAAAGGCGUCACUGUGGAACGCAGUUGUUGGGAUGCACAAUUUGGAGAAUGUGAAUGAAUCCUGCCAUCAAACCAUAGAGGUGGAAAAAAUCAUCUCCCACAAGGACUACAACCCGAAGACAAACGAGAAUGAUAUUGCCCUGGUGAAACUGGAGAGUCCCCUGCAGUUUAAUGAGUGUGUGAGGCCUGUUGCCAUCUUAAAUGGUGAUUUGCCCCCUCAGGAAAGCUGUACUGUCACCGGCUGGGGCGCCAUCAGAGAGAAUGGGCCUCGUGCUUCCAGACUUCAAGAGGUCAAUGUAACUGUUUUCGAGCCACAAACGUGUAACAAAUAUUAUGGAGGGAAAAUGCUCAAGUUUAUGAUGUGUGCUGGGGCAGAUGCUGGCGGAAUGGAUGCAUGUCAGGGCGACUCUGGUGGGCCGCUCUCAUGUUUCACAGGUGAGAGGUACAAGCUUGCCGGAGUGGUCAGCUGGGGGGUCGGAUGUGGUCGGGCCCAAAGACCAGGGGUCUACACCACACUAUACCACUACAAACAAUGGAUCGAGUCUUCAAUGCGUGAUGAACUUGUUUUGGACAGCCCUGGAGCUGAUUCAACUGCGCAGUGCGGUCAGGCCAAAAUGGAGUCCUGCCAACUGCCCGCUGGCUUGGCGCAAGUGGCGUCCAUGAAGGAUGGCACAUUCAAGGUGGAGAACGUGAGUGAGGCCUGUCCGAACUCCUGGCCAUGGCACGUCAGCCUUCAGAGCCACGAUGUGCAUUACUGCAGCGGGGUCCUCGUUCAUCCUCGUUGUGUUCUGGCACCGCGCCACUGCCUCGCCAAGGCUGGAGAUGUUGUGGUCUUGGGAGCUCAUAACCUGAACUUCAUGUCGGGUCAGACUGCAGCUGUGGAAAGCGUGCAGAGUUUGGCUUACGACGGCAGAUUCCCACCGGUUUCCGAUCUCUCCAUGAUCCGCUUAUCUGUCCCAGCUCGAAUCGGGCUGGUGAUAUUUCCGGCGUGCAUAACAGAUAAAGAUGAUGAAAUGGUUAAUGGAGACACCUCGUCUUGUGUGACAACUGGUUGGGGACCAAGAAAAGCUACCUUGGAUCUGGACCCUGAUAUCCUACAUAUGGCCAGAGUUAAGCCUCUUUCUGAAAAAGCCUGUGAGAUGAGCUGGGGUGACAGUUUCAACAUGAAGUCCCUCCUGUGUACAGAUGCAGCAGCCUCCACUUCCUGCUUGGGGGACUCUGGCGCACCACUAAUGUGUGAAAAAAAUGGGGUCUACUACCUUGUAGGACUAACAACAUUGGGCAGCAAGAAAUGUGAACCUCAGAAUCCAGCUGUGUUCACUCGAGUGUCGGCCUAUUAUUCAUGGAUACAAACUUGUAUCAAAAAUGCCUAAUAUCUUUAAUAAAGCUAUA